AUGCAGCCAACGUCAACCUCUUCUUCAUCACUUUUCAGCAAAAGAUCAACAUCGAUGGCCCGUGCAUCUGUGUUUGUGGACCCGCAGCCGACCACACCACAAUCAGAGGAUUAUGCUCGUCCUUCUUCUAUUUUCACUACCACCACUUCUCGUCAGCCAAACCUUGUUGAAAAUACAAGCAAGUCAUCAUCAGCAUUGUUGGCACCUAUUGGCGUACGCAGAGCUUUUGGAGAACUCACCAACCAUCAUCGUCAACAACAGCAGCAGCCUGAUACACCACGUUUUCAAUCACACAAAAAGCUCCCUUUGAGCAGCAACAACUUGAUGGCCUUUAAUCCACAACAUGCUCCUCCUCCAACAAAACCGCAGCAGCAGCAGCAGCAGGAUGAUAAUCCAUCAUCAUCAUCAUCUCGAUUCCAUGCACACAGCUUUGACCCUUUUGGCACUGGGAUGGAUCCUUUUGGGUUGAAUCAAUUGGGACUAGCAGCAAACACGGCACCUUUUGGACAAAGAACUACUAGUACUAUCAAUCAGUCGCAGCAUGUUUCGCGCCAUAUAUGCGUCUCCCAUCUUCCAGUUGGCACAGAUCCACGUGUACUUGUAGAAACAUUGCAGACCUUUGGAGCUAUCAGCCAUGUUUAUCCAGAAUACCUUCACACCAACAGGUCUUUGACGGUCUCCUAUUACGAUUUACGCAGUGCUACGCAAGCCGUGAAUGCCCUUCAAGCGCUUGGAGAUUCUUUUUCCUCAAACGAAUAUCAGCAUGUCCAAGUGGAUUUCUUUUCCGAUAGCAAGCUCUCUUUUCUUCAUCAUGGUGGUGAUAAUGAUGGCGAUGAUAUCAUGAGCACUGAAGCAGCCACAGUCAUUGUCACAAUGCUAUCUUCUGGUGCAAGAGAUAAAAUGGAUGCUUUCGAUUACAAGGGCUUUUUUCAAUAUUGGGGUGAUAUUCGAUCUAUUCUGCCAUUGGACUCUUUUCCGGAUCGGUUGAUUGUUCAAAUCGACUUUUACGAUACACGAGCUGCUGAACGUAUCAUUAGCCAGGUCCAUGAGCAGGUUUAUGAGGGGAUCAUUUUCCAUGUAUCGCAUCCACCACCACCCUCAUCAUCAUCCCGUGCUCGACCCACUAGCAACCAAUGGAACGAUGGUUUUCUCAAUCGACUUGGUGCCACCAACAACAACUUUGACAUUUCCGAAAAUGUAUCACAGCAGCAGCAGCAGCAUUUGGCAUACCCAUUUGGGCCAUCACUUCUUUAUUCACAACACCAUGACAGCAGCCAUCAUGAUGACACUAUGCAACCUUCCAAUUCUUUCAGCUUGUUUGCCAAUAGUUCGAAUCACCGACGCCUUCCACCACCACCACCAUCCAUGGUUGUUGCUCCACCAGGACAUUCUCAUCACGUAACACCAUCAUUGGAAAAUCGAGCAUCAUUACAAGUUGCCGAGGACAAUAUCAUGGAAGAGGUCGCCAUCAUCUCAUCAGAAAGAAGACCCAGUGUGGCUACCAGAUCAUCCUCAGUGUCAUCUUUGAGAGCCACGACCACAAGCCCUGAUCAUAAUAGCAGCAACAUAUUCGAUAUUCAGCGUGUUAUGGAUGGUUCGGAUACACGUACUACAUUUAUGAUUCGCAAUAUCCCAAACAAGUACACCCAGCAAAUGUUGAAAGAAAGCAUUGAUGCUACGCAUUAUGGGACUUAUGAUUUUCUCUAUCUCCGGAUUGAUUUUCAAAACAAGUGCAAUGUUGGUUAUGCAUUUAUCAAUUUUAUCGACGUCAAGUCUGUCAUUUCCUUUGCCCAAGAACGAGUUGGAAAGCGUUGGAGCCGAUUCAAUUCGGAAAAGCGUUGUUCAUUGUCGUAUGCCAACAUUCAAGGAAAGGAAGCUCUUGUGGAAAAGUUUCGGAAUUCAACCGUGAUGGAUGAACCACCUUCUUACAGACCUAUGCUGUUUUACUCAUCCGGCCCUCACGUGGGUGAACAACAGCCAUUCCCUGAACCUACCGUAUCAGCCGAAACACGACAUCAACGACGACGACGCACAAGUGGAAGCCAACGCCAAGAGAAAAAACAAUGA